GGCGAGGAUAACGUAAAUGUCAGUCAAACGCGCGAGAAUAAACAAAAUUGCGCGCCGAUACGAUAGACAAAAAUAUGUGAUAAAAGUAAAAGAAACGUUAUCGUUUAUUCAACCGUAUCAUUUUUACCUUCAAAGUGUCCUUAUAUUAUGUAAAUUUGUUCACAAUUAAGUUAAGGUAUUAAUGAUAAUUAUCAUUAAGAUACCGUUUAACGAGUGAGGUAACUUAGAUAGGCGAGAAAUGCGGUUUGAGUACGUAUUCGUGGUGAUAUUUGUGAGCGGUGUGUUAAAUUCGAAAGUGAGCGGUGAACCAUCGGGUUACUUGAAAUACGUUCUGGAUAUUCUGGGUGAUGUGGUUCAGAAUGAGACAAAUGGAAUUGGUAUUAAAUGUAGACGUCAUCUGGAUUACUAUCAAACAGGAUUGGAGACAAAUCGAUUUUGGGCCCUUCAAAUGUUCGACGCCACAAGCAAGCUACCAUCGGGAAUUGGAACAGGAAAUACAGCCGACUUGGGUUCGUUUGAGGAGUGCAUCGAAGUAAAUCAACGGAUAGAUUCCUCAAAUUCUCUUCGAGGACGUUACUGUUUUGGGGAGACGAGUAUGAAUUUAAAAGAGAUAAAUGCGACAAUAACACUGAAACUGGCAAGUUGCUUACCAGACAGCUGUUCCACUGCCGAUGCGUCUACAAUAUACAAGUAUUUCGGACUCAAUAUUUCGUUCCCAGAAAAUUUGUGCCAAACAUUCGCUGAUCGAGACAAACUACGGUUUGGGAUAUCGGAAUAUUGUGGAGUGGUAUUUUUCGGAAUAUUCGCGCUGGUGAUUGCCGCUUCCACAACUUACGACAUCUAUCUGUACACAACUGAAUCACAAGUCAAGCAUCAGGCACUUGUCGCGUUUUCCAUUCUUAAAAAUGGCAAAAAACUGAUCGCCAUCGAAAACAAUGCCAAACAAAUAACUUGCAUGAACGGAAUUCGAGUUAUCAGCACCAUGUGGAUCAUCCUAGACCACAGAUACUCCGUACAAUUCUACUUCCCUCUGUGGAAUAACUUCUACAAGGAGACCUGGACGCGAAGUGCAGGAAAUAUGUUUAUGAUAAAUGCACAAAUGGCAGUUGACACCUUCUUUCUGCUAUCUGGAAUUCUUGUAACCUACGUUUACCUCUGGUCCGCCGAGAAAAGCACCUCGUUUCAUAUUUUCAAGUUCUAUCUCCACCGGUUUUUGAGAUUAACUCCCGUUUUGGUCGCCGUAAUCGUUUUCAUAGUCACGUUGCUCAGACAAUUCGCAUCGGGCCCACUCUGGUCGAGCAUGAUUCACUCACAACUGAUUGAGGGUUGCGAAAAGUAUUGGUGGAAGACGCUGUUGUAUAUUCAAAAUUAUGAUCGAACGCCUUCAAUGUGCAUCCCUCACGGUUGGUAUUUGAGCGCCGAUAUGCAGCUGUUUGUGAUUUCUCCGAUCUUUCUGCUGGCGUUAUCCAGAUGGCCGAAACGUACCCUUUAUGGAAUCGUAGCGCUCAUUGUUUGCAAUAUAGUCGGAUGUUUUUUGCUAGGUUGGUUUUUUGAGCUUAAUGGUAUAAUGCAGGGAAAUGUAGACUUUGAAAAGCAGAUGGUAUUCGUUUGGCAGUAUUAUUUUCCCGCCUAUACAAGAGCAGCACCAUGGUUGAUAGGAAUUAUAUUGGGCUACUACCUAUACUUGUCCAAAAAGAAGAGGUAUGAGCUGUCUACGAAGAUUGUCGCAAUUUUGUGUAUUCUCAGCUUGAUGGUCAUGUGCGCAAUUGUAUUUGGGGGACACAAUCUGAUUACAUCAGAAUAUCGCAGGGUUUUAAACGCAAUUUACAUAGCUUUGGUCCGCCCGGCCUGGGCCUUAGCUGUAGCCGCCGUGAUUUUUACAUGUGCCAAUGGUUACGCAGGUCCAGUAAAUUGGUUCCUUUCGUUGCCCAUAUUUGAAGUGCUAUCGCGUUUUACUUACACACUUUACGUUGUACAUUACAUCGUCAUUUUUGUUCUAACAAGUCAAAUGAGGACAACUGUACUGUUUCGCAACUUGGAGGCGAUGCACCAGUUUUGGGGCGACUUUGCGUUUACGUUGUUCGUCGCGACGCUCGUAACUUUAGCGUUUGAGCUACCCGCGAUCGAAAUUGAAAAGAUCAUAUUCGCAAAGAAAAGAACUGAGUCAACGAUGACAUUGGAGGGCAGUAAAGUUACGGAAGCCGGUCCUAGUAGAUAUUAGGUACUUUCCAAGUGCUAGCUUAGUGUAACUUACACUAUGGUGCUAGGGAGAAGUUAUUAUUUAUUGGUGUGAGAUUAUUAUAGAAACGAUUCAGUGAACGCGGAAAAUUGCAUACUGUAUCAUUUAUUUCAGCAACUAUUUACUUAUUAAUAACUUAAUACACGCCGUUCAGGCAAUCAGAGAACAAUAUUUACCUUGCUUCAUUUAAAUCAAAACAUACAAAUGCUAGACUAAAUAAACAAUAUUUACAAA